AUGAAUGACCUUGUUCGGGGUGCUUUUGGCCAGUUGGUCCCCAUUGGCACGCUCUACAAUGCUAAAUCCGACUCAUUUCUGGACGCCUCCAUCUUACGCAGCGGGCAGCCCUUCCAUGCAACGAGCCAACGCAAAAUUAAGGCUUUCAAAAUCGCUCACAAUGCAAGCGGGAAAUAUGACAGUCGAAUUGAACCUCUUGGUGUAAGCCACGACACGGCAGCGAGUAUCAUCUCUGGCGCUAUCAAGGUCCAGGGAUCGUCAGAUUACCUUCAAGCCGAGUUCGACUCUCCGGGCUCUCUUCACGGCGCCUAUCAUUAUACAUUCUCCACGCUUGUCGAUGAGCUUGACCUGAGGAGAGUCAGCCUGAGAGAGCACAUGGACGUGAUGCCACUGCAAACUCGAGACAGCACACAUGUGGUGACUGGCAUCGCUUGGGGCAUGCGAAACACACUUGUGAUCAAUCAUGAGUUUUCAGGAGAGUCUCCAGGACCUCAAGUUGAGCGUGCAUUCUUUCGAGACUUGAGUCGGCUCGAAGCCUUAACACAGUCCCUCACUGGAUAUCCUGAAUCUGGCUCUCAUGGAGCCAGCCCACUAGAGCUUCUAUACACCUUCCAUCUAUACACCGAUGCUUCCAAAGAGGGCCUGGAGAUGACCGGUCUUGAUGCGAUGCGCACUUUCAUUCGCCUCCGCCUAGGCGAGUUACCCAAGACGAACGACGGCAAAGGGUGGCCGCUCUCCUACACCCUGCUCCCUAUCGACAGGCUAGACAGGCAUAUAUCUGGCUUUCAGAGAAUCAUUGUCGCUCCAAUUCCGUUGCCCAUCGACGACUUUACCGAGUUCAUGGGUCUCUUUGACGAAUUCACCAGCUGCAAGAAGAAGCUUGGUGGCUAUUACAAGAGCUUGUUGGAGAAGCGAUCAUAUGUGUCAGAGGAGCACAUUCGGGCUGUUUACCAUUCAAUCAGUCUUUUGAAUCAGUGGAAGACGCAGCUUCAACAAAGACUCGCCCCAACGUUGGUGUCCAUCAGGAUGGGUGCCAUGGGCCCUCAGCAUCUCCACAACCUAUACAGCAACGUCGAAGCGGAGGCCGGAUCCCCCAGACUCAUGUCUCCUUUUAUCGGUCAAGAAACAGAGAAGCUUCGCCUCUUAGCCGAGGCUAUCGCGGCUGGUGCUGUGUACAUCGGCCACGGCGGGUCACCUCUAGAGAAGAUCAAGACUCCCCACGAUGACCCAGGGUGCCACGCCUUUCUUCUCAGCACUGCCGCGACCCAGCAGAAGAUAAUAUGGGACCACCAAUGCAAUUCUUUGAUGCGCCUACUCAGACAGUCGAACCAGGGCAAACCUGUGUAUGUCGUCGACUGUGAUGCCCCCUCCUGUCGCCUGGAGCUGGAAGACGCCCGCAUGGUAGAACAUCAGAGCGGGCGCGAACUCGUCACCGAAUUGGAUGUUGAAAAGCCCAAUCCCCUUCUCGAGUACUGCUUUGCUCGUUAUGGUCCAGACCGCUCGAAGACUGCAGAUCGCUCCGACACAGAAGGUGACUUGAGACCCGUGGAUCGUCGCUUCGUCAAGAUCCCCUGCCCUGGAAUACGCUGUGACCGCAACACCGCGUGUGAAUGGAUCUGCUUCCAUUGUUCUGAACCUCUCGAGUUCGGCGUAACAGACGAGCACAUCUACUGUGACUGUGGCUAUCAUUCCCAUGCCUCUUACGACUUCAAGUGCAAUAGCGAGUCUCACGGGCCUGGCUUUGAUCGAUAUCCGUUGGAUAAUCUGUCGACCAUGCUUCGAAAACUCAAGCCCGACUCUGUCAACAUCUUGAUCCUCGGCGAGACAGGCGUGGGGAAGUCGACCUUCAUCAAUGGCUUCCUCAACUACCUGACACAUGACACCCUGGAUGAAGCCAAAGCCGCCAAAAAGCUCAAGCUGCUCAUCCCCUGUUCCUUCUCAACCCAGACCAUGAACAGAGAUAACCCGGACCAAGAGAUCCAGGAAAGGACCAUCCGCGUUGGCACUCCCAGGCAAGACGAAGCAGACGGCGUCGAAGGAGAAUCAGCCACCCAACGGACGAACGUGUAUGCUAUCACCGUUGGCACGAAGAGAUAUCGCCUUUUCGACACGCCGGGCAUCGGAGACACACGUGGAUCCAAUCAUGACAAUGAGAACAUAGCCAACAUGAUGAAGAUGCUGAGCAACUAUCAAGACAUUCACGGCAUACUUAUCCUGCUCAAAUCCAACAGCUCUCGGCUGAAUGUCAUGUUCAGAUUCUGCAUCAAGGAAUUGCUUGCGCAUCUUCAUCUGAGCGCCGUGUCAAAUGUCGUCUUUGGAUUUACAAACACCCGUGUCUCUGAAUAUACAGCCGGUGAUGUAUUUGGGCCCUUGAAGAAACUUCUAGGGGAGCACGAUUAUCUCCACCUUAACUUGACUACGUCGACUACCUACUGCUUCGACUCGGAGAGCUUCCGCUAUUUAGCAGCAUACAGUCAAGGUAUCACACUGCCAAACGAGGAGGGCAUGCGCAACAGCUGGGAGCACUCCAAGAACGAGACGCAAAGACUCGUUCAGUACCUCGAGUCAAGAACUCCACACGACGUCAACAGCACGCUGAGCAUGAACGGGGCCCGCCGGCAAGUGGAACAGCUCAUGAAGCCCAUGUCGGAAAUCUCGCGUUGCAUCGCACAAGGCAUUGCCGUUCUGACGAAAAGCAAGGAAGACCUCACAGACAGGAGACUCAAGGGAGAAAAACUCCGCGAGAAGCUGCACCCCGAGGUCCCUAGUUGGACCGCCAAGAAGCUCGCCAAGCCACGAACCAUCUGUACGGCGAAAUCUUGCUCCCAAGUCAGAAUAAGCAACAACGGGGACAAGAUCAUAGUGUCCAAGAGACAGUGCCAUGCAGGCUGUACACUCCCCAACGUCCAACAAGAGACCCUCGCCGAUCCAGCCCUCAAGAAAUGUCGCGCCUUUGAUAGAGGCAAAAGAGACAUAUGUAAUGCCUCCGGCUGCCGACACCGUUGGCAGUUGCACAUGCACAUCCUGUACGAAGCGGAAGAGGUCACAAUCAGGAUCAAGGAUAAGGAGAUCGGACGCCUCCUCGAAAUCAACGCCAGCGACGUGAAGCUUCGGGAAGCAGCAAGCAUAAAUUUAGAGAAACGUAUCUUCGAGUACCGGUAUGAACUGCAUAAAAUGCAGGAGGCAAGGGCGCUGUUCUUUGUGUUCCUUUCCAAGAACGCCAUGACCCCCAUCAACGACUCGACGGUUGAAUACCUCGACAUGCUGAUCCACGACGAGGAGAGCAAGGUUGAGUCUGGAAGGCAAUUGGGGUUUCCCGUUGACAAGAACAAGGAAACACUCAAGAAUCUUCGUAGAGACCGACAAGCACAUCUCGAUCUCGUCGAAGCCUACCAGCAAAAUACCCACAGAGUCUCAGACCAACAGCUGACCGGGAAGGGCAUCGAUGAUCUCGUCAAGUCGCUCUACAGCCUCAAGCAUUUCGGCCAGAAUCUCAAAAGUCUAGAGAACACAAUCACAUCAUCUCACAGGGCGACGUAUCGCGAGCGACCGUUUCGGGUGUCACGGCCUGGAGGAAGGCAAGCUGCCCGCAGCGCGUCUGAGAAGAGGCUGGGCGGGGAGGGGGCUGUGGUUGUACACGGUGGCAAACAUGAGAGUAGGCGCAAGAAGGGAGGACAGGGUGGAUUGGGAGGCUGGUUGCCGAACCUGACACGGAGAUGA